AUGCUGCUGCGGCCCGCCAUGUCCGAGUCCCCGCUAGACCUGCGCGGCGUGCACCUGCAGGACUCUGACUCCGACGUCAAUGUGGACUCCGACGACGACGGCGCGCCUCCGGCGGGUGGCCUGCCGCCGGAGUACCCGAGACAUCUGAUCGCCGCCGGCCCCGGAGCGCCUCCCGGGGUCGUCAGCGGUGGGAACACGACACCCACGCCGGCGCUCUCGCCCGGCUCCGAGGAGGCAACCGCCGUCUCCGUCUCCCCGUCGUCCAAGGGCGGCGGCAAGAAGACCUCCGGAUCGAGCGGCGGCGGCAGCACGACGCAGGUGAAGCCGCCGUACUCAUAUAUCGCGCUCAUUACCAUGGCAAUCCUACAGUCGCCGCACAAGAAGCUCACGCUCAGCGGCAUCUGCGAGUUCAUCAUGGCGCGCUUCCCGUACUACCGCGAGAAGUUCCCCGCCUGGCAGAACUCGAUCCGCCACAACCUGUCGCUCAACGACUGCUUCAUCAAGAUCCCGCGCGAGCCGGGCAACCCGGGCAAGGGCAACUACUGGACGCUCGACCCGAUGGCGGAGGACAUGUUCGACAACGGCAGCUUCCUGCGGCGGCGCAAGCGCUACAAGAGGCAGCCGCCCGAGUUCCACCACCACCACCACCAGCACCACGCGGCGGCGGUGGCCGCGGGGCUGCUCGACGCCUACCACCGCCACCACCACCACCAGCAGCACCACCACCACCAGGCGGCGGGCGCGCCGCUGCCCUACCCGUACCUGUCGCCGCUGCCGCCGCUGCUGCCGCCGGCCGAGCUGGCGCGCCUCUCGCUGGGCCUCGGGCUGCUGCCACCCCCGGUGCCGCCCGCGCCGCCCCCGCCGGUGGCCGCCGCCGGACCGCCGCCCCCCAUCGACUCGCUGAUCGGCCGGCCGCCGGCGCCCGCCCCCGAGGCCGCCGCCCCCGCGCCGCCGGACGUCCGCGCCGCCGCCCCCGGCCUGGGGCUGGGCCUGGCGCUGGGCGGUGUCACGCGCAGCCUCGACUCGGCCUUCUCGCCGCUCGCGUGGGCCGCACGGUAG